AUGUCGCUUAUAUUAACAGAUGGGUGCGUCUUCCGAGGCGCAGCGUCUUCCGAGGCGCAGCGUCUUCCGAGGCGCAGCGUCUUCCGAGGCGCAGCGUCUUCCGAGGCGCAGCGUCCUCCGAGGCGCAGCGUCUUCCGAGGCGCAGCGUCGUCCGAGGCGCAGCGUCCUCCGAGGCGCAGCGUCUUCCGAGGCGCAGCGUCCUCCGAGGCGCAGCGUCUUCCGAGGCGCAGCGUUCUUCCGAGGCGCAGCGUCCUCCGAGGCGCAGCGUCUUCCGGAGGCGCAGCGUCUUCGAGGCGCAGCGUCCUCCGAGGCGCAGCGUCUUCCGAGGCGCAGCGUCUUCCGAGGCGCAGCGUCUCCGAGGCGCAGCGUCUUCCGAGGCGCAGCGUCUUCCGAGGCGCAGCGUCUUCCGAGGCGCAGCAGGCGCAGCGUCUUUCUUUUUCCUCCGAGGCGCUCUUCCGAGGCGCAGCGUCUUCCGAGGCGCAGCGUCCUCCGAGGCGCAGCGUCUUCCGAGGCGCAGCGUCUUCCGAGGCGCAGCGUCCUCCGAGGCGGAAAAUAGAGUUUUUUCUUUUCCUUCAUCUCUUCGCUCGCCUAACUUCUUUUUUCUUCUUUGUUUUUUCUUCAUUCUUUUUAUUACCUUUUCUUUUAUCUCGCCCUCUCUUUUUUCAUACCAGAACUUUCUUUUCCGUCUUUUUUUUCUAUCUUUUUCAUUUCAUUAUUAUUCUUUUACACCACUCCCUCGUUCUGAAUCUUUUCUUUCUUUGCCUUUUCUUUCUUUUUUCUCUUAUUACCUUUUCUUUAGCCUCUUCAUCUCUUGUAAUUUCCUUUUCGUUUUUAUCUCUCUUCUUUCUUUUCGUUAUAUUUCUUUCACAUUACAUUCGUAUUUUCUUCCUUUGUCACUCGUCCUUUUCUUUCGACAUUUUUUAA